AUGGGAAAAGAUCUUUACUUGAAUUAUCCUUCGGCUCGACAUGUUUUUGAAGAAGCCGAUGAAACUUUAGGAUUAAAUCUAUCAAAGUUAAUAUUUGAUGGGCAACAGAAAGAUUUGAUGAUGACAGAAAAUGCACAGCCCGCAAUAUUAGCAACGUCUAUCGCUACGUUCAAAGUAUUGGAGAGCGAAUAUGGCUUCGAUAUUGCAACUUCCUGCUCAUAUGCGCUUGGUCAUUCUUUGGGCGAAUAUUCCGCAUUGGUCGUUACCAAAGCCUUGUCUUUGUAUGACGCCUUUAAACUUGUUCGGCGGCGUGGUGAAGCCAUGGCAAGCACGGUUGCCAGUUUAGGAGUCAAAACAGCGAUGGCCGCUCUAAUAGUCCGUGAGGAAAACUUGCCUAAACUUCGAGGCGCGAUAGAGGAAGUUUGUUCGACGUUACCCGACGGAGAAUUUGUUGAAUUAGCUAACCUCAAUAGUUCUUUUCAGGCAGUCAUAAGCGGAACUAGCCAAGCUGUGGAUCAAGCGUCACGUGUUUUGCAGUCAAAAAGACUCGCAGCGCGUGCCGUCGAUCUUCCCGUGUCGGCUCCGUUCCACUGUAAGUUGAUGCAGCCUGCAGCCGCACAUAUGCAAGAAGCAUUAAAAGGAGUUAAGUUUGAAAAGCCAAUUAUAGAUGUCAUAACAAAUGUGACUGCUAGUCCGAUACAAUCUGCCGACGAUAUACCGUCCUUAUUGGUGCGACAAGUGACAUCUACCGUGCAAUGGCAAAGGAGCAUAAAGUAUUGUAGGCAAGCGGGUAUCAAUAAUUUUAUUCUGCUUGGACCCGCGAGAGUAUUGGCCAAUUUGUUGAAGAAAGACUUCCCUCAUGAUUAUAUAAG